CCUCCCCUCCAUCAAAUCCGCAAUCUCAUUCACUCAGUGAGUGGCCGUGCUGGGGACAACAACAUCUACCUCCCUUACCUCUGAUAAUGAGCAGCUGUUCCACAAAGUCAAGGGGAACGACCCCACACGGCGACCAGUAAAGGAGCUUUAGAAUAAAACAUCACCAGAAACCCUGAUGGCCAAGAAGUUCCACUUAAGACGCCUCGUUCAUCCAUGUUUAAUAUGAAAUACACUGAACACAACCAAUUCCUGCUUGCUGCCUGAUUACUGCCUUUAAGAUGUGAGCCUGGCUUUGUUACAUACUGUGGAAAUGAAUGAGCUGGGGUGCUUUAAAUGAUCUGAUUAUGUCCACUUUGCAAAAAUGAUUAUUAUUGUUAGGAAGUCAAUUAAAACUAUCAGCGUGUUUGGUUGAAAGGCAUAGGGAUCAUACAUGAAGCUUCAGUUAUCCGUAACCGUUUAUCUGGGCUGCCCGGCAAGCCUCAUUGUCCUUUCUCCUGUGGCAUUACGUUCUGAAGUGGAAGCACGUCUACGAGCUGAGUUAAAAUGACUUCAUCUGACAAUGAUGAGACUGGAAGUGACGUGUCGGUGUCUCUUGAGGUCAGCGACUUCCAAAGCCAAUAUGGUGACUCGGGAAGUUACUACAAAUCCAAAAGUUUGCCUGUUCUCAAUGGUGGAUGUCCAGCAGGUGAUGAGCCAUUGGAAUCAAGGAUGGUCAGCACAACGCAGACUGCAAUACACCUCGACCAGCAGUCAGUUUUCGGCGGGCUCCAGCAGAAAAGCGAAUCCAGCCAGAUUGACUCCCCAACCCGGACUGAUUUUUCGCCCUCCAUGUCCAGUAUGGUGGGCCUGAGUAGUUCCCUGAGGCCUGAGACAAGCAGGGCCGGCAGCAAAAAGCUAGGCUUCUCCUUAGCAAGGCUUAUGGACUUUCCAGCAAGGAAGUACGUCAGGGUGAUCCUCUCAGACUCGAGAUGUUUCCUCUUCUGCAUGUGCUACCUGACUUUCAUCCAGUCAUUGAUGGUUUCAGGUUACCUCAGUAGCGUGAUCACCACCAUAGAGAAAAGAUACAGCCUCAGAAGCUCCGAGUCUGGACUGCUGGUCAGCUGCUUUGACAUUGGAAGUCUUCUGGUGGUGGUUUUCAUCAGCUACUUUGGAGGCAGGGGUCAGAGGCCACGUUGGUUGGCCGUAGGUGGGGUUUUUAUAGCAGUGGGAGCUGCUCUGUUCUCCCUGCCCCACUUCAUCUCACCCCCUUACCAGAUCCAGGAGGUGAAUUCUUCGACAGGAAACGAAGGCCUUUGCCUGACCGGCAAUGGCAGUGGCCGGGACGCUCUGGCUGUCUCGUCCUGCCCACGAGACCAGGAGGGCAAUGAACACUCCAUCUAUGUAGCGCUUUUCAUCUGUGCCCAGAUUCUGGUGGGCAUGGGUUCCACCCCCAUCUACACUUUGGGGCCGACCUACCUGGAUGACAAUGUGAAGAAGGAGAAUGCCUCACUUUACCUAGCUAUCAUGUAUGUGAUGGGUGCUCUGGGUCCAGCGGCUGGGUAUCUGCUGGGAGGAGUUCUCAUUGGCUUUUAUGUGGACCCAAAAACCAUCGUCAACAUUGAUCAGAGUGACCCUCGCUUUGUUGGUAACUGGUGGAGUGGCUUUCUGCUGUGUGCAAUAGCCAUGCUGCUGGUCAUCUUCCCCAUGUUCACCUUCCCCAAGAAACUGCCCCCUCGCCACAAGAAGAAAAAGAAGAAAAAGCUUGGUGCAGAUGAUGUGCCCAGCGAUGACGACGUCAUGAAGGAGAAAUCUAGCAGCAAAGGACAAACGGUCACCUCUUCCAUGGGCUUUGGGAAGGACAUCAAGGAUCUCCCCAAAGCAGCUGUGAGGAUCCUGAGUAACAUGACCUUUCUGUUCGUGAGUCUCUCCUACACGGCAGAGAGUGCCAUCGUCACCGCCUUCAUCACCUUCAUCCCCAAAUUCAUUGAGUCGCAGUUUGGCAUCCCCGCUUCCAAUGCCAGCAUCUACACAGGAGUGAUCAUCGUGCCUAGUGCAGGUGUGGGCAUAGUGCUGGGUGGAUAUAUCAUAAAGAAACUGAAGCUGGGGGCCCGCGAGUCGGCCAAGCUGGCCAUGAUCUGCAGCGGAGUGUCCCUGCUUUGCUUCUCCACACUCUUCAUCGUGGGCUGUGAGAGUAUCAACCUGGGGGGCAUUAACAUCCCCUACACCACAGGGCCGACCCUGACGCUGACCCACAGGAACCUGACAGGCAGUUGCAAUGUAAACUGUGGCUGUAAAAUACACGAGUAUGCUCCUGUUUGUGGCUCCGACGGCAUCACCUACUUCAACCCCUGUCUGGCGGGCUGCAGUACGGUCGGAAACAACAGCACUGGGAUCAGAAACUACACAGAUUGUGCAUGUGUCCAGAGCAGACAGGUCAUCACCCCUCCCACCAGUGGUCAAGGCAACCAGCUCCAGCUGGUCAUUGUGAAGACCUACCUGAACGAGAAUGGGUUUGCCCUGUCGGGAAAGUGUGACCGCACCUGCAACACACUCAUCCCCUUCCUCAUCUUCCUCUUCAUCGUCACACUCAUCACUGCCUGCGCGCAGCCCUCCGCUAUCAUCGUCACUCUCAGGUCAGUGGAGGAGCAGGAGCGGCCGUUUGCUUUGGGAAUGCAGUUUGUGCUGCUGAGAACACUCGCCUACAUUCCAACGCCCAUCUACUUCGGCGCUGUGAUCGACACCACGUGCAUGCUGUGGCAGCAGGACUGCGGCGUGCAUGGCUCGUGCUGGGAAUACGACGUCACCUCCUUCCGCUUCGUCUACUUUGGCCUGGCCGCGAGCCUCAAGUUUGUGGGCUUCGUCUUCAUCUUCCUCACCUGGUACUCCAUUAAGUACAAAGAAGAGCGUCUAGAGCGCUGGAGGCAGAGUCUGCCGCCGCUGGGCACCGUCAGCGAGAUGGUGUGCCAUGCAGGCGGCCAAAAGAGCCACGCCCGCACCCGCUCAUGCCCCAUAUUUACUCCACGGCCCGAAGUACUGGAGCCACAGCCGCCACCGCUGGGCCGCGGCCAGAGUAGCCAGAGCUGCCCUGGAAACACGCUUAAAGCAAUAACACCUCUGGCCCCUUGCUCCAUGCAGGACGUCAACGCACACAUCUGAGGGUUGGCUUCGCCCCCAAAUCCAUUGGCGCUGUUAGUGGGGGGGUGGGGGGAUGUAAAAAAAAAUGCCCUGAAUGAUUCAUGGGCCCUGGGCUGGGGUAGGGGGUCGGUUCCAGUGUUGGUAAUUCUCAGGGGGCCAAGCAUUUCUAGCCUCGCUCCUGCCCCAACUCCAUGUGCCUUCCUGUCCUGUGUCCCUCUUCCACACACUGGGCUGACUCCGCCCCACCUCUUUGCUUUUCUGAGGGAUCUGGCUGCAUCUAUUUUUUUUUUUUUUUUUUUUUAAAGGUGCCAUCAGCGCAUGUCAUCAGAAGCGGACAAAAUAGUCAACCUGCAUAAGCAAACAAUGGAGGUACAUUGACUUGUACAUUCAAUAAGACGUUAUAGAUAUAAGGUGCUAAAUGGGGUUGGGAGGGUGUUAUCGGUGUUAUUUCUUCUGUAUUAUGUCUUGGAAAUCAAAAUGACUAUCAAAAAUGCACCACAAGCACAAAUGGGAAACCCGUACUAUGCAAGCUUUGCCGCUAUGCCCCUCUGUGUAUUACUUUCUACUGUGUAUCUCUUCAACCAAUCAGUAUCCAGUAUUCCAAUCAAGGACAUCUCUCACUCUCACUCUCACUCUCACUCUCUCUCUCUCUCUCUCUCUCUCUCUCUCUCUCUGUCUGUCUCUCUCUCUCUCUCUCUCUCUCUCUCUCUCUCUCUCUCUCUCUCUCUCUCUCUCUCUCACUAUCUCACUCUCUCUCUGAAUGUUGCUGAUGUGAAAAAUCCACUGUUGUUUGUUCCAAUGUCUUACACUGGGCCAUAUGGGGCAAUUUCAGGAGCUCUGAGGGGAGCCUUUUCUCCCCCCCUCUGGACUUUUCAUGCACCAUCGCCCCUUCGAUUUCAGUGCCUAAGGCUGCCCGUGCAAGCAGUGACACCUACUGGCCAACAUGGAGCAGGAUCAGGUGGACAGCAAAGAAACCAUCCAUCAUCAUCAUCAUCAUGAGAGGUCAGCUAGCACUCCAGUUUUGGACUCGCUCACAAGUAUUCUGUCACAUCAAGCAGGGAAAAAAAACACAAAACAACAAAUAAAGCCAAAAACAAACAAACAAAAAGAUGAUCCAUGGAGCUCAGUGAAAUGCACUGUUGAAUGAAAUGCUGGUCAGCAUGGAUGGACCUGACUCUGCUUUAAGCAGUUCAAUGACCCAAAGGAGCAUGGUUUAGUCCCAGCAGGCCUGACAGUUGUUCAUGUUAACCCUCCUGCAGCUAUAAUCAGCCUUGAUGCUUUAGCAAUAGCAUUACUAAACUGGCAGCAGUAUUUUGAUACUAAAUCAGGAUAUAUCAUCAGAAGCAUGUGCUUCUGCUCUUGCAGCAUUAUUUCUCUCAGAGAUGUGUGGCCUAUAAUGUGAAAUAGCAGUUCUACCCUCAUGCAUCCAUUGACGUCCAUAAUAUCUCUGAUCAUUUUAAGAAAGCAAAUUGCUGCUUAGAUAAAACGUCUCUACAUCAAGCCAACAUUUAUUAUAACAGACUACUAAAGAAUUAUUAUUAAGAAUACUAAACCUGUAUCCUCUGACACUGCAUCAUUUUGCAUGGUGUAGUGUAGCUCAGUAGACAUUUAGGAUGGGGUAGUCCAGCAUGCAGGAAACGAGACCCAUCCAAAUAAAAUAUAAAGCAGACACAUCAUGAUGUCAGUCAUUUUAAAAUCCCUAUAUCAAUAUACAUGCUCAUUUACAGUAGUAGGGUUUUUUUAUGAACAGUUUGGCCAUUUGAACUAUGCGCUUACUGGCCACUUUAUUGGGUACUCUUAAUCUACAUGCAUUGACCGUUAUCAGGUCCAGUUAUUGAGAGGAUGCAUUGAAGUUUUACAGUUAUAUAUGUGUAACAUAUGUCUGUAUGUUUUACCCCCAUUCAUCAAUGGUCAGGACCACCACUGAGCUGGCCUGAAAUUUUGUUACAAACCUGGAUACAGCACCAAGUUUGAGUUUAAACCUGACCAGAGAGCCACAGAAUUCUGUCCCAACCCGGCUCAAUCCAAACCACGUCAAGUUGUGUCAGAACCGGACCCAAGCCCAGCAAAAUUCUCACCAGGCCCGUCAUCACCCAACAUGCCCAAUAAAGCAUGGCAUGAAAGUACCACUAAUGCCAGAUUCACCAAUAUCUUCCUAAGUUUUAUCUUAAAUGUCUUCUUGAGAAGGGUCCUAGGAAAUAGUCUACAUCAGACACACAAAGGUGCGAGCAGUUCCUGCAGUUAAGAACUGCUCACAUCUUUGUGUUCUUACCCGAGAACAAAUUCCAAAUAGGAAAACACUGGUGAUUGUCAAAACUGCAUGAGUGGGUUUUAAGAAGAAAUUUGGUAAAUGAGGCCCAAAAGGUAAUGAAAGUAAGGAGUAAAACCUCAACAGUGGGAGGUGAGAACCUGAACCAGAUGCGAGACUUUGUCUUGUUGGCUUUGGACAGAUAUUUUAGCCUAAGGAAAAAUAUCCACCCAGCAUUGUCUUGUGGCCAGAAACUGACAGCUGGUGAAGGUUCAGAGGAUUUUGUAGACAGACUGUGCAGCAACAGAUGAACGAUCAUCAAUGACUUUACAUCUACAAAGUCUGUAGCAGAGUGGACAGUAAGUGGACAGUCCAGUAGCGCUGCAUUGCUGCAUCUGCUCUUCCACAGCCUAAUGUGCCUUUAACACUUGGCAUGCCAGGCCACUCCAUGUGCAGUGCAGUCUCAUGUUGCUCAUUGUAGCCUUUCACUUCAGCACUGGGCAGCACAAAACUGUGCAGCACAAAACUUUGUCCAGGAAACAUCUAUCUAGAAACAGUACAAAAUUCAGUAAUUUUGCAGUAUUGUGCAAUCUAGGUCCAUCAUUAAAACAGACUACCAGGAAUGCUUUCAAACAGUGCUAUAUGCUUAAAUGUCAUCUAGUUUAUUUAAUUAAUAAAAUGGAUUAAAGACAUUAGCAGGUCAUAUUAACUUAUCCACCACCAGAAAAAACAAAUGUGGACAGAAAGAGCUCUUAGCUAUCACUAUCGGCAUCACUGCAGUGGUGGAAAGGAUCCCAGACUCAAAUAAUACAUGCUGAGAGGUGGUUUUGUGGGGGUCCUGACAGUUGAUGAAUGGGGUAAAGUGGGGCUAACCGAUUACUCAGAGAAACAGAUGGGCUACUGCAGAACUACAGAGUGGACCUAUAAGGUAAAUGGACCUGUUCAAAGUGACCGAGUGUAGAGGUAGGUGAAGCUAAUGAAGUUGCUGGCGAGUGUAUAUUAAUUCGCCAUGUCAGUGACGUACAUCUUUAAUUAUAUCCAUUAUUCUGAGAACAUCUUUCACAGUUCAUAUUUGAAAGUUUCUGGUUACACUGUUAGAAUGUGAACUACAUUAUUUGUAACUGUAGGUGUAAAAAAAGGGGUGUAUAAAGAGGGCGUACAAAGUAGCUAGAACCUUUUAGACUAACCCAAGUAUUCAACGUAGACAACCACCUAAUAUGUGGACGAGAAGAGAAAACAAUAUAUUGUUUUCUGUGCCUGCAUUACCUGAAGUACCUGCAUUAUGCAUUGUUUUGGCUGUAAUUUAUAUGGGUUUCCUUUUGCAAAGUGAUUUUUUUUUCUUAGGGAGGGACAUAGAAAACAUUGAAAUGCCCCUCAUUUAAACUGGAUGAAUUUCUUGGGUUCUUCUUGAGUGUCACCGAAAGGACCUUACAAAACUAGGUAACACUUUACAGAAGGGCAGCAAUUGAAAGGCUAUAUAAGCUGUGCAUGACAACUGACAUAAACCUAGAUAAACCUUCAUAAAUGUUCAUGUAGGCUUAUGUAGGUGCCCUGUGGCCAUCCCUUCAGUAAACUGUUACUCAGAACUAGUUUAUUAUUAUUAGUGGUAUUAUUUAUUACUGUUGUUACAGUUAAUAUCAUCUGACCAUGCCACUGCUUUGUAAGAGGUGGAGUGACCAUAUGUUGACGUGGUCAGUGGAUUUCGGAGCCACUGUGCUUGCACUAUUCCUUUGCCUGUUGUGACAAAGAAACUGAGACAUCCUCCGCUGUUAUUCCUAAAUAUCUCUGUCUCUCAGUGUGGUUGGACGUCGCCUUUUCCUGCUGAGCUUGAGAUAGGUUGGUGGUUUUUGCUGUACUGAUUUAAGUGAAAAUUUGGUAUCUUUUACAAUAAGCUGGUUCAAAAUGACUACAUACAGCAACGUCUGAUCGAAGCCUGUCUAUCCUUAGUGCUGUCAGCAACAAGUGGUCAACGUGAGGCAUGUCCUUCAUUUGCUCAUGUGGAUUAUUUCAGGUAGAUCUUUUACUUUUGUGUUUUGUUUUGAUCGGCAUAUUACCGACAUGUAUUUAUUGAAAUAAAAGAAGACAAGCUGUAUUAAAAAGGUCAGGCUCCUGCUCUGUGUUCCUCAGGACCAGAAGUGAAUACAUCAUUUGUGAACAUUUUGGUUUACAAAUACCUUGAAUACUUGAUAUUUGUCAUU